AUGUACCGCAAGAGCUUCGACAGGGGUGAUGGCGGCUGGAAGCCCGCUGCCACUUCGUGGGAGCCAUUGGGCGGCAAGUUCAAGCAGGUCCCCGCGGCCAUUUCCUGA